AUGAAUGACCGUGGCAAUGUCAAUGUAUACCAUGGUUGGAGUCUCAUUGGUGAUGGCUUUCCCAGCAACUUCGACCGUUCCUUGACCAAUUCCCUCUGGUUAAAUGAUUGGGUUCCCAAUGUCAACUGGAGAGAUGUUGCGCACACAUUGCUGACACUGGACUGGAGCCCCGAAGAAGGCAUAUCAUCUUUGCAGGGUCUCCUCAACAAAAUUCAGCAGGAGCCUGGUGAGUUCGCAUCACUCAAUCACCAAGAGGUCUCUCAGAUGGUUCACCUUCAGCUGCGUUUGUCCUGCUGCAGAGUUGCCGAAGUCAGAGGGCCUAUCAAUCAGACCUGUGUCAGGAUGCUUGCAGAGUUGCUUGCCUACAAGCUUAAGAUCCUGAAGUUUCAAAGUGUUCUGGACUUGAAGACUCAGAUGAAUGGCUUCGAAGCUGAUGCAAAUCACCGGGGAACCUUGGUUCUUGUGACAGAUCUUCCAGCUUCCACAGGUAAAAUCUUCGGUUGGCCUCAUCGCAUGGUCCUUUGCUACAACGCCGAAGGGCAAAAUGCAGCCGCUCUAGAGCGAUCCAACAGUGCAAAGGCUGACUAG